AUGGAGGUAUUUGGAAAAUCUCCCAUGGUUAGCUCUGCCAAUGUUAUUUACUUGUCUGCAAUUCUGGGUCGCGAUUGCGAUGGACCCAUCCAUUGUCACAAAUGUGACUGGAAAUGCGAGAAUGAAAAUGUUUGUGGGAAUAUGUACCGCUGCAAACUAACUGGACUGACUCAUGUCUGCGACAAGAACUGUAACCAGCGGAUUCUCUAUGAUAACCAUAGCUCUAUGUGCCGAGCUAGCGGCCGGAUUUUCCCUCUCUCACAGGCUGAAGAGCAGGCGGUUAAAGGGGUCCGGAGGAAGCUUGACACUGAGAGCCAUCCUUCUGAGAGCUGUUCGUUUAAGCGUCGCCGUCACGCAUCUCCUUUCGAGAGGUCUUUUACUGCUGUGAGCCCGAUCUGCAGCCCGGCUGGAGACGGAAUGGAUUUGAGUUAG